CGUAAAUUAAGUGUAGCUUUGCUUCGAAGUCAGGUAACAGCGAGCAGAAUACACAGUGCGAGCGGAACUAUCCGGAGUGAAUGUUUACAAAAUAACUCGAUAACAUUAUCACUGAAGAUGGCGAAAUACCGGCCUGUAACACAUGUCAUAUUCGAUAUGGACGGACUUCUUUUAGAUACUGAAAGGAUCUAUACAGAGGUCACUGAAGAAAUAUGUAAUGAGUAUGGCAUGAAAUUCACAUGGGAAAUUAAGGUCAAACAAAUGGGUCAGAGGGAACGUGAUGCUGCACAAAUCAUAAUUGAUGAUCUCCAGCUUCCUUUGACUGUUGAUGAAUAUCUAAAAAAGGCAUCUGCACUACAAAAGAAAGCUUUUCCUAAUGUUCCUCUUUUACCAGGAGCAAAGAGGCUGGUUGAGCAUUUAUAUAAGCACAAUAUUCCAAUCGCUAUUGCUUCUGGUAGUGGUCAAGAGAAAUUUAAGUGGAAGACCGAGAAGCAUCAAGAGCUAAUGAAUAUGUUCCAUCAUUUUGUCCUUUCUAGUGAUGAUCCUGAGGUGAAGCGCAGUAAACCAGCCCCAGACUGCUUUCAAGUGUGUGCUAAACGCUUUCCAGAUCAACCAUCUCCUGAAAAGAUACUUGUUUUUGAAGAUGCACCGAAUGGAGUUCUUUCUGGUGUUUCUGCUGGAAUGCAGGUUGUCUGGGUGCCAGAUUCCCGUGCCAACCGUUCACAGCUUCUGGACAAAGUUUCUAUUAUAUUAGACACACUGGAAGACUUCCAACCAGAAUUGUUUGGCUUACCUCCGUUUGACGAAUGUCAUCCCUAGACUGAUAGCAGAGAAGCAGCCACCACACAGAUGUAAUUUUCACCACAGAAAGUUGACCGAUAACAAAGGAAUAGUGGUAAUUCUUUUGCAGUGAAGACUGUCCUUUUGAAAACAAUUAACUUCUUCAACUUUGAAAUUUGAAGUUACCAGAAAUAUUUGGAAUCAACUGAAAUCAGUUUCUUUUCUCAUAAGUAUUUUUAAUUGAGUAAUGAAUAACCGAAUUUCCGGUGAAGUUUUAUAAUUCAAUCUUUGUGAUCAAUGAUCAAAUUGCUUUACAUAAACUAUCUUUAAAACUAUA